AUCCACCUCACCAUGGACGGCAAGAUUUCCUUCUCCUUCGGCGCCAAGCCGAGGGCGGAGGCUGCGCCGUCGGCCGCGCCCGCGCCCGCGCCCGCACCCGCACCCGCGGCGGGCAUGUCCAACCUGGAGCUCCUGAUGGCCCAGGCGAAGAAGAAGCCCGCGAAACCCGCGAAACCCGCGAAACCAGUGGCGUUCGACGACGCCGACGACGACAUCGCUCUGCCGGUAAAGAAGGCAAAGGACACGCGCACACCCAACCUCUAUGCCCCAUCUGCGCCCGCCGCGCCUUCCGCCCCGCCCGCGAAGCGCGAGCUCCUGUCCCGCGCGGAACGCAGGGCGCGCGACGAAGCGCUCAAGCUCGAUGCGAGCGUGUUCGACUAUGACGGCGUGUACGAUGGGAUGAAGGCUGCCGAAGCCGCUGUGACGGAGGCGCGGAAGGCGGCGGCCCCCACAGGCCCGAAAUACAUCGACAGCUUCCUCGCCGCCGCCGCGACGCGCAAGCUCGACCGCUUGCGCGCGGAAGAGAAGAUGCUGGAGCGCGAGCGCGCGGCCGAGGGCGACGAGUUUGCGGACAAGGAGAAGUUCGUCACCCCCGCAUACCAGAAACAGAUGGAGGAGGUGCGCAAGGCCGAGGAAGAGGAGAAGAAGCGCGAAGAGGCGAUGCGCAAGUCGAAUAAAGGGCCCGGACUGACGUCGUUGUACGCGAGCAUGCUGGACGACGGGGCGGCGAAGCACGCCGCCGCCGUCGCGGCGACGAAGCCGGCCGGGCCGAGCCUCGCGAUCCGCCCCCCGCCCGACGAGGAGGAGUACGACCCGCUGCUGGCCGCCGAAGCCAAGUCGGCCAAGCUCGGCGCGGGCACGCGCACCAUCCACGCCGAAACAGGCAAGGAGAUCGAGAUCAACGACGACGGCGAGGUCGUGGACAAGCGCUCGCUGCUGAAAGCCGGGCUGAACAUCACGAAGAAGCCCGGACCCGUGCUGCCCCCCUCCCUCUUGGGACGAAGCACCUCGCCAGAAACCAAGCCGUACGUCUCACGCGCCGUCGGCGCCGCCGCGAGCUACCAGGAGCGCAUGGCGCGCGAGCGCAAGCGGCUCGCGGAGCAGAUCGCGGCCGAGGAGGAGAAGAAGCGGGCGGCCGCCGCCGCGCGGCGCGCCGAAGAGGAGGAGGCGGCGCGGCGGCGGCGGGAGGGCGACGACGGCGCCGCGGCACAGCGGCGCAUGGGCGCUAAAGAGCGGUAUUUGGCGCGUAAGAGGGAACGGGAGGAGGAGGCCGCGAGGAAAAAGCAGAAGGCGGAGUAG